AUGUCAUGCCCGGACUAUAGACCCGUGGGCGCCCGUGGGGGCGUAGGCCCCGAGGUCCGUACCGUAAGGCCCGUGGGCCCGGGCUGUCCAGAAGAUCUAGAUUUUUUUGGCAUCAGCUGGGAUAGUCAGCACCAGCUGGACCUCUGCUCUGUGUGUGGCGGGCUCGUGGCUUCCCGCUUUCAUGGGGCUCAUCCCCGCUGCCGCCCCGCAGCUCGGCAAACUGCUGCUCCUGCUGCCGUGGCUGGGGCCUUAGCCAGCGGCCCGGACUUGAACACAGUCUUUGCCGAGCGCAUCCCUGUGCUUCGCCAUGUCCCCAAGGCUGCUCGCUCUGCCUGGGCCCAGUGCCUUGCUCGAGCCCUUGGCCACGUUGCGGCUACCAAUACCUUGCAAGCCUGGCGCGACCUCUUCAUGCUCCCCAAGGCAGUGCUUCGACCUGCCCCUCGCGGCGGGCACCGGCACCGACUUCAGGCCGCCCAGUUCACCCAGCGACGGUGUGCCCGGUGGCUCUCCGGUGAACGGGAAGAACUCUGGAACGAACCGCUCGGUGUCCGCCGCCCGCGGAGUUCUAGGGGCUUGGAUGAAGAAGCUGCCCUGGCCGGCCGUCAGCGGCGCUGCUGUGGCCUUGCCUCUCUUGCCUCUGAAGGCGAAUUCUCCCGGGCUUGUGCGGCUCUGGUCUCCCCCCCUCUCUUGGACAACACCGGCGACGUGGCAGUCAAACUCCAAGCCAAGCACCCUCGAGCCACGCCUGCCAGACCUGCUCUGGUCGCGCUUGGCCCGCCUCCAUUGCCAGCCGUGCCAGAGCUCGGGGUGGAGGCUUUGGGCUCUGCCCACGGCGAUGAGAUGGCGGUCAACCUCGCGGACGUAGUGAUGCUCUUGGCGCAGGGCCACGCCUUGCUUGAGGUCGCCCCUCACCUUGCCGGGGCCACCCUUCAUGCAUUGCCCAAGGGCGCCGAUGACGUCCGCCCCAUCGCUGUCGGUGAGACUUUGCGGCGGCUAACAGCCAAAUGCCUCUGCAAUGAUGUCCGGGUGCCAGCCCGGGAUUUUUUGUGUCCCCUGCAGGUUGGGGUAGCCACCCGUCAUGGCACAGAAGCGGUGGUCCACACAGCCCGACAGUGGGUGCAGCGGCACGCCGGCAUCCCUGACCAAGUGCUUCUCAAAAUUGAUUUCAGCAACGCCUUCAACACCGUGGAUAGGGCAGCCCUCCUUCGCGAGACUCGCCUGCGGCUGCCUGGGCUCUCCCCUUGGGCCGAAUGGUGCUACGGGCACCACUCGCAAGUCAGCGCCGGGCUUGUCCGACUCACUGCAGCGGCCCGCCAGGUUGGGUUGCAGGUGAACCCGGCCAAGUGUGAGCUGGUCGCCUGCGGCGGCGCGGCUGCCGCCGUCGACCUAGCGCUUUUUCCUGCAAACAUGCCCUUCAACCAGAGUGGUGGCUUCGAAUUGCUGGGAGCACCUAUCGGCGAUGCCACCUUUUGUGAAGGCUACACCCACACUCAGAGGGUCAGCAAGACGUUUCCCCUCUUGGAAGCUUUGGCCAAUUUGGGAGAUGCACAAACCAGUUUGCUGCUCCUUCGCCAAUGUGCCUCAUAUUGCCGCCUGGUUUAUGCAACCCGUGCCACUCCCUCCAUUGGGCUUGCCCCGGCACUUAUAGCUUUUGAUUCGGCCGUCCGGGCCUGCUUGGAAACUGCCUGCACUGGACCACUCACUGCCGAAGCUUGGCUUCAAGCUACCCUCUCCACCAGCCAUGGAGGGCUUGGGUUGCGUGCUGUUGCCACUCAUGCUGCCGCUGGGUACGCCGCAUCCGUGUUUGCCACCACAAGCCUUUGUCAGGAGAUCGACCCAGCGUAUCAAAGUGGAUUUGCUGCCGCCAUCCAGCUCGUGAAUUCGCAGCUCCCGGCUGCUGACCACUUCCCUGUCCCCGCGCCGCCUUCCUUACGACAACAAGUUUUGUCCAAGGCGCUGGACCGUGUGGUGGUCACGCAGUUGGCUGCUCCUGCAGCUGGCAAGGAAGCUUACCGGGCCCAUUUCCAACUUCUUCAGCAACCCGGCGCGGGGGCUUGGCUUCAUGCUGUUCCCAGCCCAGCCCUGGGUCUGCAUGUGGUGACACCGCUAUUUCGGAUCAUGGUGCGCCUCCGCUUGCGCUUGCCCGUUGCUGAUUCCGACCUCGCUUGCCCGCUGUGCGAUGGCACCGCUGACAGAUAUGGGGACCAUGCCCGGGUGUGCCCUUGUGGAGGCGACCGAGUCAAACGGCACAACCAGCUCCGGAACCUUCUGGCUGCUCGCGCCAAAACCGCGGGCCUCCAGCCCGAAGUUGAAAAGGCAAACCUGCUGCCACCGCGGCCUGAGCAUCAGGGCGGCGCCGAGGAUGGUUCUCCCCAUGUUGUCCACCAGCCUGCGAGCCAGCGACGGCCGGCCGAUGUCUGGGUACCUAACUGGAACCUGCACGGCCCUGCCGCGUUUGAUCUCGCAGUCACCUCUGGCUUGCGACAAGGGCAGUUGGCGCAUUCCAUUGCCGAUGGUGGGCGGGCUACCCUUGACUAUGAGCAGCGCAAAUGUCAACACCUCAACACAUGGCAGGCCUGCGCAACCGAGGGCCUACAGUUCUUGCCUUUGGUUGUUGAAGGCUGUGCUGGUGGAUGGGGCCCUACUGCUUCGAAAACUUGGCAUCUGCUGGCUGCGGCUUUGUCUUCUCGAAGUGGCGAAGGGGCCAGCGUUGAACUGCAGCGGAUGUUGCAAUCCUUUAGCAUCGCGCUGCAGCGCGAAAAUGCUCGGGCAGUCCUUCGUCGCAUUGA